AUGUUGAGAUUAUUUGUAAUACUAGCAGCAAUUACAGGUCCCGUGAAUGGCUUGACCCUGACGGUUCCCCAGAAGACUGUGAGCACAAGGGCCGGUGGCAACGUCACACUGCUUUGCACCUACCAAGCUCCGAAACUUGCACCAAAUGUGCUGGUUCAGUGGAGUUUUUACAGUGCCAAACUCAAGAGCACCUCAUUAGAUACCUCUGGGUCUGUGACCGGGGAGCGCUGCAGCUCCAUGACGGAGCUCACGCCUCCCCAGACCUCUGCCACUAAACCCAACAUCAUGAAAGAGUCUGCCCGAGGCUCUGCAUCUGGAUUAAUCCAAAGUUUUGUGCAACAGGUUUAUUAUUCACAGAGCAACCAGUCAGAAACCUCAGCAGCUUUUAAGGGCCGAAUUCAAAACUCUAAGAACAUCGGAAAUGCAUCAUUAACCAUCUUCAACAUGCAGCCACAGGACACGGGAAUUUAUACCUGCGAAGUUUUCAAUCCUGGAGACGCAAGUGGUGUUGCUGAAAAAUCAGUGACUGUCAGCGUACUUGUUCCGCCCUCCAAACCUUUCUGCAGCUUCGAUCACAAGCAUCAGCCUGAGCUUGGCCACCUCGUCAUUCUCUCCUGCCUCUCUUCCACGGGGCUGCCUAACCCUACAUACCAGUGGCAAAGAGUGGAGGGAGAUAAACUCAAGCCUUUGUCUGACCUAUAUUAUCCUGAAAGCGGAACCUUAAUUAUUGGCAACCUGACGAAAUUUGAAGAAGGGUACUACCAGUGUACUUCUUCUAACUCUCUCGGAAACAGCAGCUGCCAGAUCGACCUCACCACAAAACAUUCCGAGAGUGGCAUUAUAAUUGCAGCAUUAAUCGCAUCCAUUCUAGCAGCUGCUCUGAUCUGUGUGAUUGUCUGGGUUAUCACCUCGAAAGAGAAGAAAAAGAAGAGAAAAGAAAAAGCCGCUGCCAGUGAAAUGCAGAAAAUGAAUCAGAAAGAGCCACCGAAUGCAGUGUACGCGGCUGUGCCCAGCCAAGAGAGUGUGCCCAUUGCUGGAGCCCCUCCAAACGAGACAAAUGAAUAUGCUACCUCCGGGGAGGUCGCAGCAGCCACCACGCCUGAAAAUGAGAUGCAAGAAAUGGAGCACCAAACUGCCGCCUAA